CAAAAUUGAAUCGUUGCGCGUUACACUCGCACUUUCAAUGUCUCCAACAAGAAACAGAGCCAUACGUGCGAUCGUAAACUAGCAGGCGUUGCUUGAACGUGUGUAUAAACAGAAGAAAAAAAAAGAAGAAAAAUGUGUGUACUGUGUGAUGUGUUCGCGUGAUGAUUGUAGGAAAAUAUUAUUUAAUAGCAUUUCAUCGGCGAUUGACAAUGUUUCCAUCGUGUUGGAGCUCAAUCUCGUUCAGCCACAACGCUAGACCAGACUCGAAAAUCAUACAGCAUUGUAAACGGUAGCAGCCACCGCUGUGUACCAAAACAUUAUUAUUUUUUCUGCUCUUCUAAAAUAAGAGCUUCUGUGGCUUAGAUUAUGAAACGAAUUUUGAUUACGGAAACCGAAUAAACACGAUUUUUCUGUGUGUUCUCUUCAUCUACAUGCUAUUUGUUGUGCGGAGUGUGUAUUUAAUUUUAUUUUGGAUUUUUUUUCUGGUUCUCUCUGUUCGUUUUUCGCCAAUUUCUUACCGAACAGAUAAAUGUUUUACAUUUAAUUGGGGUGAUCAUGUUUAUCGCGGUUUAUGUGAUUAGUCAAAUUAACAACAAGUGAAUUGCAGUGAGUGGUUCGAGUGUGAAAUAGAAGGCGUGAAAAGCGUAUUUACAUGUUGUGCAUCCGUUGAUGUUGUGAAAAAGAAGCAACACAUUUUUCAUUCAAUUAGUAACUGAAAUCGGUUUUGUUUACGUUUUUUUUUAUUUGUUGCUGUUCAUGGGGAUUCAUCGUUUGCAAAGUCUGAUUCUUUUGCGGUUGAAGUGUGUAUAGUUGAUCUACACUUGAACUUCACUUGUUUUCAAUUUUUAUUUGAUUAAUGACCGAUUUGUGUGAUAUGUGAACGUCCAGAAGAGACAGAAAAACACAACAACUUAAUCAAAGGCAACAGCAAAUCGAUUUGAAUCUUGAAAUUGAAUUUGAAUUUUUUUAGCCGAUUUUGAAAUGCACUCACUCAGUUCAAGUUAUUUAAAAGUGCUGAUGAGUUUAAAGGCAAUGCAAUUUAUGAUAUUCAAUUGAAAUGAAUUCCGAAUGACGAAAUUUGAAACGAAGAAAACAAAACAGAUUUAUUUGUAAAAUCAAUCAAUGCAUUGAAUGGGAUUUUUUUCUGUUCAUUCAGUUGCGUCGUCGUCGUCGUCUUCGUCGUCACCCGGGACUCGAUUGGAGUGCUAACACAUGAAAUAAAAAAAACAAACAAAGUAAAACGAAAAAAAAAAUAUUCUGUGCACUGAUCGGAAUAUCGGAGAAACUGAGUACUUAAUUUAAAGAAUGUGUGAAAUAUUUGUUAUUCGACGUAUUUCGUUGCUACAUCGCAUUAACCGACCUGAACGAUCACAAAAAAAUGUAAUCACAAAUAAAUGUGCAGAUAUUUUGGACACAUUUUACACAUAAACGCAAUAUCUUUUUAUUUUGCUAAUCUCGUGCCAAUUGUCUAUCCAUCUCUAAGUAAUUGAUCAUUGAACAACAACUAAAUUGAUUUACCAAACUCGGUGUGCUUGACAAUUCUCGGAUUUGAAGGGAUUUCAAAUAAUUGCGGUGCAAAUCUACGUGAACGAAUUAAAAAUGAUAAUGGGUCGCUGGGGCAGACAAAGUCCCAUUGAACAGUUAAACGAGCCGUCUCCACCGCCGUUGCCACCAAAAAAUUCCAUUAAUAUUGUGCGACAGUCAAGUUUCAAGCGGCUUGGAUCAAUCCUGAAUUCAACGAAGAACGGCAUCACAAAAAGAUCACCGAGCCACGGCGAAACAUCUUGGUGCUUCUCACAAAUUAAAGGGGCUUUAGAUGAUGAUGUGACAGAUGCAGAUAUUAUAUCGUGUGUCGAGUUUAAUCAUGAUGGUGAGCUCUUAGCUACAGGUGAUAAAGGUGGUCGCGUUGUUAUAUUUCAGAGAGAUCCUGCCUCCAAAACAGCCGUACCGAAGCGUGGCGAGUACAAUGUCUAUUCAACAUUUCAGUCACACGAACCCGAAUUCGAUUACUUAAAGUCGCUGGAAAUCGAAGAGAAAAUCAACAAGAUUCGAUGGCUGAAGCGAAAGAAUCAGGCGCAUUUUCUGCUGUCAACAAAUGACAAAACAAUCAAAUUGUGGAAGGUGUCGGAGCGCGAUAAGCGGGUCGAGGGUUACAAUACAAAAGAGGAUAUCGGCUCCAUACGCGAACCACUUUCGAUUCUGUCAAAGGAUCAACUGCGCAUACCGACCACAAAACCAAUGGAUCUACUGGUAGAAGCAUCACCGCGACGAAUAUUCGCCAACGCGCACACGUACCACAUAAACUCAAUAUCGGUCAAUUCGGAUCAGGAGACCUAUCUGUCCGCCGACGAUUUACGCAUUAAUUUAUGGCAUUUAGAAAUAACCGAUCAAUGCUUCAAUAUCGUUGACAUUAAGCCGACGAACAUGGAGGAGCUCACCGAAGUCAUAACCGCAGCUGAAUUUCAUCCAAAUGAAUGUAAUUUAUUUGUGUAUUCCAGUAGCAAGGGAACGAUAAGAUUGUGCGACAUGCGCUCGUCGGCACUAUGUGAUCGGCACGCAAAACAGUUCGAGGAGCCCGAUAAUCCAACCAAUAGAAGCUUUUUCAGUGAAAUUAUAAGUUCGAUUAGUGAUGUAAAACUAAGUAAUUCGGGUCGUUAUCUAAUUUCAAGGGAUUAUUUGAGCAUCAAAGUGUGGGAUCUGCACAUGGAAUCGAAACCAAUCGAAACAUACCCGGUUCACGAAUACCUACGAUCGAAGCUGUGUUCGCUGUACGAGAACGAUUGUAUAUUUGAUAAGUUUGAAUGUUGCUGGAACGGCGACGAUACACAAAUUAUGACUGGUAGCUACAAUAACUUUUUCCGUGUGUUUGACCGCAAUCGUCGCACCCAAAACGAAAUCACAUUGGAAGCAUCACGGGACAUUAUCAAGCCGAAAACUGUAUUGAAGCCACGCAAAGUGUGCACCGGUGGCAAGCGAAAAAAAGAUGAAAUUAGCGUCGACUGUUUGGAUUUCAACAAAAAAAUUCUUCACACGGCCUGGCAUCCACAAGAGAACAUUAUUGCUGUUGCAGCGACCAACAAUCUAUUCAUAUUUCAAGAUAAAUUUUAGCCCAACUUUCCCUUCAACGCUAAAAUUAUGUUCAUCCUUAAUUUUACUUGUUAAUAAUCAUUUUAUUUGUUUUUCUUUUCUUUUGGAGUUUCUGAAUUUGAAACCGGAAUUCCGGAAAUACGGUUAUUUGGAACAUCAGUUCAAUUUCUCGGUACAUUCAUUGAUUCAGUAACACGAAAAUUAAAAAAACAAAACAAAACAAAACAAAACACAUAGUCUCAUUCGAACAAAAAAAAUGGCAUUCAAUCGAAAUCAGAAAACAAAUACAAAAAAAAAGAACUUCUACAAUCAAAUAUGUUAAAUACUAAGUAAACAAUUCAAAUCAUUUUAACUUUUUCUGUUUUCAAUCAAAAGGAAGAAGAAAAAAAUCGAAAAAAAACGUUUUUUUUUUUUAAACUAGCUCCUUUUAAUCGAUCGAAAGAGAAGAAGAAUCUUAAUUGAUCUUGGUAAAAAAUUGAAUGUAAUUUGAAAAGCAAAAGAAGAAGAAAAAGAAAACAAUGAACUUAAUUAAAUAAACAAAAAUGAGAUUGGAAAAUUCAAAAUUCAUGAGAAAAUAUAAUGGAAAAAACAAAAGAAAAAUAAAUGAUGAAAAAAUGGCCGUCAUAUGUGGAAGAAAAACAAAAAAAAAUACUUGAGAGAAAACAGAAAACUGGGGAAAAUUCAAUCCAUACAUUGUUAUAUCGAAGAAUGAUUAAAAUUUUAUCAAAAUUAAAUGCAACAUCUGCAUAACAAUUUUUUUUGUGUCCUUCAAUCUAAGGAAAUGAGAAGAAGAUCUAAACCGAACCGAAUCCACGUGAAAAUAAGCGUGAUCAGAGUUUCGCUGAUAAAAUUCGCCUUACGAAUAUCAUUUUAUAUGAGCGAGCACGAUGAUAAGUGUGAAAUAAACACGCAAACACUCACACACACACACAUAUAAACAUACCGGAAUUAACAAUGCAACAAUGUUAAUGAAAUACGAAAAGAAAACAAAUCUAUUUUUUACAGUUACUUAAUAAAAUACUUAAUUUAGAAGUGAGAGAUACACAUUCACAUUAAGCUUUUCCCAUUUGUCUUAUCACGUGACGAAACAAACAAAUGAAAAUGAGUCCCAAUGACACUCAUUGUAGCCCAAAUUUUCGUUUAAUUUUUUUUUUCCGCAACCGAUAAUGAUCAAUGAUGGUGUCCUAUUUAGUUGUAGACAGCAUAUAAACGAUAUUUUGCAUUUGCAUCGAAAGGAUCACAGAGACACAAACACCCACAUUAAUAAGAAAGCAAAUCGAUCUGGCUGUUGCCAUUUUAUGGUCGCAAGCGAGACACAAAUCAACUUCAAUCGAUUGUUCCAUGUGAAAGAAAACGAAAGGGUAGAGAAAUGUAUCUCAUGUAAUGAAACAAACAAAAAAAAGUGACAAAAAUUGCAUAUCCUAUGCGAAUCGCACCAUUCUAAGUAUAUUGAAAACGCUUCCUCAGUUUAACAACGAUAAAAUGAAAAACAAACAAUAAAAAAACACAGCAAAAGAAAACAGAAGAAGAGAAACAAUUUUUAAUCACGAAAAAUUUAAAAAAAAAAGUAAAUAUGACUUCUGAUGACGACAUUGUGUGAUAGAUAUGCGAUAAACAGAGAAUGUUAGAGUGACAAAUAUUUUUCUCCUGGUGUCUGCGCUAUGUUGAUUUCUUCUCUAUCUCACUCUCUCCCUCUUUGUUGAAGGAGAGGUUUUUCUUCUUUGGAAAGAGGAUUUCCAUUUCUUUUUGUACGAUUCGUUUGUAAAUGACACAACAUUAUUUAUGACUUUUUGCAGAACAGUCGAUACCAAUUGGGCAUUGUUGUUGUGAAACCGAGCAAAAUUAAAACUAUUGAAUGCUUGUGUCACCACUAGAGAGCAAAAUAGAAUGGUAGUAAACUGAAAAGAAGUGACAAAAUACAUUUGGCAAACUAGAUGCAUAUUAUCAUCAAGACUCGUCAUUGUUAUAGAUAAAGAAAUUUUUUGUUUCAGUUUAAUAAGCAAUCAUUUUUCUCGUGCGCAUCAUAUAAAUAAUGUAUUGGUUAUGUUAUGUUUUUUUUUUAGUUGUUAAGUUUAACUAGAUGACCGAGAACAUUAGUUCUUUCUGUGGAAAACUGAAUGUGGUGUCGCAUAGAAUCGAUCGCAAAUCUUAAUACACUAUGGAGAAAUGGAUUGCAUUUGAUGAAAUAAGAAAGAAAAUGAAUAAAUUGAAACAUUGAAUGAUUAUGAAAUAUUUUGUGGUCAAAUUUCUGGA